AUGUCGGGCGCCAACAACAGAUUAGCCGUCUUCCCAACGCGCAUGACACUGAGUGUCAUGAAGCAGAAGCUGAAAGGAGCACAAACAGGACACAGUUUGCUGAAGCGUAAAAGUGAAGCCUUGACCAAGCGCUUCCGAGAUAUUGUCAGAAAGAUUGACGAUGCCAAGCGUUUGAUGGGCAAGGUCAUGCAGGUGGCUUCGUUCUCCCUGGCAGAGGUCACGUACAUCACUGGCGACAUUGGCUAUCAAGUGCAGGAGAGUGUUAAGAACGCACAGUUCCGUGUCCGCGCUAAGCAGGAGAACGUCUCAGGUGUUAUGCUUCCCGCCUUUGAGAGUUACCAGGAGGGCACCAACGCCAACGAGCUCACUGGUCUUGGUCGUGGAGGACAGCAGGUCCAGAAGUGCAAGGAGACCUACAUCAAGGCCGUCGAGACUUUGGUCGAGUUGGCUUCUCUCCAGACUGCCUUCGUUAUCUUGGAUGAGGUGAUCAAGCUGACCAACCGUCGUGUCAACGCCAUCGAGCACAUUAUUAUCCCCCGCUACGAGAACACCAUCAAGCACAUCAUCUCGGAGUUAGAUGAGCAGGAUCGUGAGGAGUUCUUCAGAUUGAAGAAGGUCCAGGGCAAGAAGAAGGAGGCAGCAGCUCGUGAUACACUUGAGAGAGAGUCCAGACAAGCUGCAGAGGUUGCAGCAGCCAAGGCCGCUGGAUCCAACGGAGAGGCUGUCGCGGCGGCAGUGGCGGAUCCAACACAGGCGCUGGAGGCACCAAGCGAUAUACUGGGCGGAGUGGAUGAGGAUGUUAUUUUCUAA